AUGGCUAUACUACUCAUUGAAGCAGAAAAGAACUUAGACACAGCAAACCUGAUAGAAAAAUUCUCAGCCUUGAUACAAGGACCAAUCGUGCAACUAGAGGAGAAAGCUACAAGAAUUGAAGAAGCUACAGCGACUCACAAAGAAGCCCUAGAAAAUGCAGUGAAAGAGCUGCGUGGCACUUUGUCUAACUCGUCAGAAAACAUUGAAAAAGCAGUCCUAAAUGUAACCAAGGCGUCACAAGACAUGCCAAAAGCUACGCAACCUGAAGGGAUGCACACAUAUGUGAAUGCAGUCAAAACUAAUGCUCCUCCCCCACUGACCAAACUCCUAGCUUGUGGAGAAGCACAAGCAAGACAAAUACUCCUGGAUAGACACUCAUAUGAAUCAGCAAAAUGGCUCAGCAUCCCAUCCCACCAAGCAAAAUUUGCUGUUAACUUCGGAUCAAAUGCCACCAUCAAGGACCAAUCAUACCACAUCCUAAUUGAAAAUGUCCCUACAUCCUACGACCCCAGCUCAAUAUGCACCAACUCAGACAUCGAAACAAAUGGUGGACUCAAGCCAGGCACCAUCACCAAGGCAAAAUGGAUCAAACUGAUAGCCAGAUGCAAGGCAAAUCAAAGGAUGGCGCACAUGAUCAUUACCCUCAAGACUGAAGAGAGCACCAACCAAAUUCUCUGUUUUGGAGUAUCAAUAGAAGGAAAGAAACAGAAUGCACUCAAGACCAUGAUAUGUGCGGAACUUGCAGUGUGCAUUGCUGCACAGCAGCAUGCAAAGGCCACACCUCAUGGAGUAGAGAUUGCCCAUCCUUCAUCAACAAGUGGGAAAGCCUCAAAAACUGAUCUGAAGACUCAAAAAAAUAACACUGGGCAAUGGAUCAAACCACCAAGACAACCAGUGUGGACCCAACCAGUAACAGACACCAACACCCAUGGCAACUAUGGAUGUCUCCUCAUGAAAACACCUCACCCUCAACCUCACCCGCAUCCUCAACCCCAACCUCAACAACUUAACAUGCAACAAGAACAGCAAAAACAUCGCCAGCCAUGCACAAACCCAAAUAAGAUCCAAAUCGGACUCAACUCUCAAGCUUACCUCAUGGACAAUUGGCUCAACUUGCAGCCAGCCAAUGAAAACAACACAGAUCCACAUGUGCACCCAAACUCACCACCUCAGAUCUCCUCCGCCAGCACCACACCCUUGUGGUUUCCCCCCCCACAACUCCAGACAUCAACAUUGGCAGCCCCUCACUACCCAACUUUGCAUAAUGCAGAACAACAGUAA